AUGCAGACUCCACAAAGGCAGGGCUCUCCAGGAUACCAUGGUAUUCGUGAUUCUUUCCAGAUGGUGUGGGUCCUGAAGGGAAACUCUUUAAUUGCAGUUCCUUCUAGCAGCAAUGUCAAACCUGUCAGUAUUUCCUCACUACCAUGCACAGACACAAACAUCCAUGUUGAAGGAAAAGGCAGUCUGAUAUACCUGGGAAUCAAGGACGUAGAUCUUUGUCUGCUCUGUGCAGAAAUUGAGGGCCAGCCUACUUUGCAGCUUAAGGAGAAAAGGAUAAUGGACCUGUACCUGGAGAAUGAAGCGCAGGUGCCCUUUCUCUUUCUGCGCAGCAUAGAGGGUUCCACCUCCACCUUCCAGUCGGUUGCCUACCCCGGCUGGUUCAUAGCCACUUCCUCAGAGGCUGGACAGCCUGUCAUCCUCACCAAGGAGAGGGGCAAAACUUACAACACCAACUUCUUUUUCAGUCCUGAGGAGUAA